AGUUCCGCAUGCCAAAGAGUUUGACCGAACCAUAUUAAGUUUUCGAAGUCAGGAUAGCAAAUACUACGUUGUAAAUCGUAUGGUACUUUGAUAUUUCGUAAACAAAUUCUAGUUUGCCAUGCGUGUUCAGCUGCGUGAUAUCAUUGGAUCAUAGGGGAGAAAUAUGAGAAUUUUGACAUAAUGUUAUUAACGCAUCAGAAAGCGCAAUCAGUUUACUGCUUAUCUAAAUUUCUCCAUUAAGAUCACUGUCAGCAAACUUCGUUUACAAUUAUUGAUUGGUAUAUUACACGUAACAGUGUGCUACUGAAAUCCUCAUCGGGGAAAUUUGGAGAACAGAUAAUAACUAUUUAAACGACAGCCGUACAGACAAUGAGCACAGUUCGACAAAAUGCGUACACAAUACAGGGUGGCUGUGUUAUUUGCGUUCUUGGCGAUUAGUGCCGCAGCUCAAGGUGGCCCUGGUGACCGAAGAAGAUAUGCAGCCCAGGACUAUGGCCUAGGAAUAUUUGGAGCCCGGGGUGCUGUCGGAGGGGGAAUUGGAGCCCAGGGUGGUGUCGGAGGAGGAAUCGGAGCCCAGGGUGGUGUCGGAGGAGGAAUCGGAGCCCAGGGUGGUGUCGGAGGUGGAAUCGGGGCCCAGGGCGGUGUCGGAGGCGGAAUUGGAGCCCAGGGUGGUGUCGGAGGAGGAAUCGGAGCCCAGGGUGGUGUCGGAGGUGGAAUCGGGGCCCAGGGCGGUGUCGGAGGCGGAAUUGGAGCCCAGGGUGGUGCCGGGGGAGCGAUUGGAGCUGUGGGCGGUGUCGGAGGAGGAAUUGGAGCCCAGGGUGGUGUCGGAGGAGGAAUCGGGGCCCAGGGUGGUGUCGGAGGAGGAAUUGGAGCCGUGGGCGGUGUCGGAGGAGCAAUUGGAGCCCAGGGCGGUGUCGGAGGAGCAGUCGGAGCCCAGGGUGCUGCUGGAGGAGGCAUCAGAGCCUAGGGUGUUGUCCAAGGAGGAAUCGGGGUCCUGGGUGGUGUCGGAGGAUUUGGUGGCCGGGGGCGUGUAGAAGGUAAACGGUCAGUGAAGUCACCAAGCAGCCUAGGUUUCAGAAGUGGGCGAAGUUCCGCCGAUCAACGCAGAAACCGAGGAACUUCUGGAGGCCAAGGAGGUCGACUAGAUCAUAUUAAGUUUUAGCAGCCAGGAUAGCAAAUAGGAUGGUUACGUCGGUCAUCUGACAGUUUUAUGGCUACAAGUGUUGCGAAGAUUUGAAUAUACUUAUUUGUAAUUUGUAAUACAUGAUGUAGAAACGUAGUACAUAAAAAAUAUUUACAUGGCAAUUCAAAAGAAUACCAUCAACCAACCAUAGUCACAUUUAUCUGAGACAUUCUCGUGCCUUUGUAUAUUAGUAUUUUGUGCUUGCAUAUUAAUUCUGUCUUUCGAUCAUAGUAACCUCUAACAGAUAAUAAUUCAGAGAGAAUACCAACACGCUGUCUUUAUUGAUUGAUGAAAACGGUGUUUGUAAAAUUAGUUCUGCACGAUCU